UCAAGUUUCAGCACUCCAGAACAUAGAACUAGAAUUCUAUUCAUUGCUCCAGACUGCUAAACUCUCAGCACAAUUGCAUUGUUAUCAUUCAAACUAAACCAGGAUUGACAUCUAAAGGGUUGACAUUUUAAUUCUUAAGCAACUCUAUUAACUGGUUAAUUCGGUCGGAGGACCUAACUGAGAACGCUAAAAUGGAUUCUAGAAGUGAACUUACAAAGACGGACAAAAUGUUUACUGCUGAAAAUGUGCAAGAGAUUGUAACGCUAUUUCAUGAGGCGGAUUCUGAUGGAGAUGGACGAUUGGACAUUGAAGAAUUCUGUGAAGGACUGAAGCAGUUAUUCCCUACUAUGGAUGAAGAAGAUCUCAUUGCCCUCCACAUGAAGAUUGACACAAAUGGAGAUGGAGGUGUGGACCUCGGGGAGUUAACAGACUACCUGGUGAACAAAAACAAGGCAUCACAAAAUAUGGCUUUUAAAAAUCAAAUCUUUCCUAAACCUAUCAAAAUGAUAUCGGUGGAUCAACAUAGAUUGAUUGUUCGUCUGAUUCACCGUCCCUUCGAGAAUGACAGGGAACCUGACCAUGGUUCAGAGGUUUUAUUAGGACAAACCAGCACUUACCAAAAAGGUCAAUACCUCUCCAUCACCUCGAAUGGUAUCCUCAACUUCUGGCCUGACAGCUUUGACACCUCAUACCCAAUUCAAUUAUACAAAAAGGAAAACACACUUCCUUUUUCACACAACAAGAAAAUGCAUGUUAAUGACAUGGUCUACAUCAGUGAACUCAAGCAACUGGCUAUCUCCACUUCUGACAGGGAACUAAUAUUCUAUCGCUGCAAUGAAUUCCCUACGUUGUUUUCAACCAGCCACUCUUUAAUAGUAGAGGACAACAUAGUGAAUACCAUGAACUACUGGUCCAAUGGCACUAAAGCAGUGUUUUCCUUUGGCGAUGUAAAAGGUUUUUUGUCUGUGUUUGUCUCCAACAACAUAUGUGAAAACGGCCUCUUCUUCAGAGAUGCAUAUGAGAAAAUCUCUCUGCAAAAGUACCCAACUGUUUAUGUUUCAACCCUGUUAAAAAACCCCUCUAAAGACUUUCUAUGUGUGAAGGUCAACAUCUUUAAUGACAUUUGCAGUCAGAUCCAAUAUUUUCCAUCACUUAGCUCAUUUGCCAUCUGCGGUAGUUCAUCCAACACAAUGGUCCUUGCUUCUCUACCCAAGACAUCCGUAACCAAAAUGUCUACAACAGUCUUUAAGAGCAGAGGAGAUGUGGACUUCUUCACCUGUGUAGAAUACUCCACUUCCUCUGGGUAUCUGCUGACCGGUGGGACGGACGCCCUACUGAGGACGUGGUUUCCCCACAAAACAGUGUCAUGCAUCCAGGAAUUAAAGAGACAUGCCAAACCCAUCACCCAUAUAAUGUUAAAUCCCAAGGAAAAAGUUUUUGUUAGUUUAUCGCUGGACCACCAUAUAUGUGUUUGGUCCGAGGAUGCACUGAUCUGUUUGCAAAGCUUCAAGAUACAAGAAAUGAUGCAGAGUCCUAUCUCCAGUCUUUGUUACAACACACACAACAAUGAGUUAGUCCUAGCUAACACAGAUAUUGGCAAAUAUCUUGGAAGAGGAACUGAUGUGUUUAAAAAUGCAUUAACAUCGCAUGACAAGCCCCUGUGCUGUGCUCUCUAUCACAACAUUUUCAAACAGGUUGUCUCUGUUUGCCAAAAUGGCGUGGUGACAGUGUGGGAUAUCUUAACAGGAACGGCCGCCAUGCAGUUCAAGGUGACUCCAGAUCAGUACGUGGGGCAUGUUGCUAUUUCAUUUGAUGGACUAAAGCGCAGACUGAUCACAAUUUCCCAGGAUGGAAAAGUUAAAAUUUGGAACUUCAACAACGGAACAGAGCUUGCCAUUCUUCCUGUUACCGUACAAAGGGAGGUGACAGGUAUCGUCUGUGUAGACAAUAGGGUGUUUGUGUCGGGAAAGAACUCCAAGAUCAUUUAUGACCUGGACAUACACGGAUAUGACAACAGAUUUUUGAAGCAUUAUUAUUUAGAUGACAUUUGCUCAAUGGAUGUCCAUGAAAACACACUGGUUACUGCCUCCAGCUAUGGAAAUAUUGUCAUCUGGGAGGCCGCCAGUGGCGAAGUUCUCUACUGGCUCAAUGGCAGCAACAGCCCUCGGACAAACAUGGCAGACAAAACCACUCAGGGCCAGACAGGGAGUCUGCUUGGUGACAAGAGUCCAAAGCAUGUCAGAGGCACUGGGAAAAGACCUCUAAAUAGUAAAUCCCUGAAUGGGAACAACACUGCUGUGAUUAACACACCUCUUAUCAUAUGUCUGAAGACCAGGGAGGUUAAAGUUGACACAGCCACACUGCUGACGUCUUCAGAUGGCAACAUAUAUGCCUGGUCUGUUAUUAGCAAGGGAGGAUUGAUUGGAAAGUUCAGAGCAGUGAAGGAUGAAGGAGCAGUCAUUACCACCAUGUCAACUGAUCCCAAUGACCAGAUAUUACUGACCGGGGAUAGUACCGGAAAGAUUUAUCAGUGGGACAUUCAGGCUUUUGGGUUUAAAAAACAGGCAAACAACGAGCCAUUUGAGGAUAAUGGGUGGUGCGUGUCAUUGUGUCCACCUCCUCUGUUGCACUCUUGGCAAUCUCACAUCACAGGGGUGGUGAGUGUUCACUGUAACCCAACUUGUGAAAAGUUAAUUACCGCAGGGAACUGCAAUGUCUGUCUGUGGGAAAACACAGGAACCUACAUAGGCCUCUUUGGGAAAGACCAAUGGGGUGCUUCACAAAUCAGCCUUGAGGAGAAUGCUGAACAGGAGGAGACCGGCAGACCAAGCACAACGAAGACCAGCAACUUUCCAUUGGCACGUCCUGUCUUUCCAACAAAAUCAAAGUCAGAAGAACUGACAGACAGCAUUAAAAGCCUCUGUGACAGAAUAGACAAGGUAGUCAGCCCUAAGAAGCCUGGAGACAAAUUAACAGAGGCUACUGAUCGUGUAAAUAGACGGAUGAUGAAGAUUCAGUCAGGACUUGACUUAAUAAAAAGCGAAGCCAAUUACAAUUAGUUUGAACAAACUAACAAACCCCUGGAAAAUCUGUAUUUUAGUGAGGUCCACCAGGGGUCUAAAACUACAUCAACACCAUGUCCACCAAACACCAGACCAACUACACGUUGCACUAAUGACACCAUCAGCUUAGCAAACAUGCAGCAAUCUGAUGCAAAACCGGACCAUGUACACUUUCCACCCAUCAAGGAUAAGGUGCAUCGCCCACAUCAUCAGACCCGUUCAAAGUUUCAGCAGAGAGACACCUUAAAAGGCGGUGUCCUCACACCAGUUCCACCAAACACCCUGCCAGCUAUGAAGACCUCGCCACACAUGCAGCUGGACCCCUCUAGGUCCAAAUAUGGGCGUGUGCUCAAGACUCAGAAGAGAGACACAUUACAAGGCAGUGUCUUCACUCAAGUUCCACUAAACACCCUGUCAGGUACAAAGGGGUCUUGGCAAACACCGGACCAUGUACACUUGCCACCCAUCCUUGAUAAGGUGCAGAGCUCACAUCCUCAGACCCAGAUUCAGCAGAGAGACACAUUCAAAGGCGGUGUCCUCACACCAGUUCCACCAAACACCCUGCCAGCUAUGAAGACCUCGUCACACAUGCAGCUGGACCAGACUAGGUCCAAAUAUGGGCGUGUGCUCAAGCUUCAGCAGAAAGACACAUUACAAGGCAGUGUCCUGACACCAGUUCCACCAAACACCCUGCCAGCUAUGAAGACCUCGCCACACAUGCAGCUGGACCAGACUGGGUCCAAAUAUGGGCAUGUGCUCAAGACUCAGGAGAGAGACACAUUAAAGGGCAGUGUCUUCACUCAAGUUCCACCAAACACCCUUUCAGCCAUGGAGGGGUCUCAGCAAACACCGGACCAUGUACACAUGCCACCCAUCGAUGAUAAGGUGCAUCGCCCACAUCAUCAGACCCGUCAAAGUUUCAGCAGAGAGACACCUUAA